AAGACAUUAGAUUUAAGAGUCAAAAGAAUCAAACAGUGAGAGGCGGAGUUGAAAACAAUGAUGAAAAGGGUCAAGAGGUCUAAGAAACGAGACGAAAGGAAUGUAAAGGAUCCGUUUAAGAAGCUUCCUAAUGACCUGAACGUAGAGAUUCUCAUGAAAAUGCCGCCGAGAUCCAUAGCCAGGCUCCGUUUCGCUUCUAAACACUUGUCAUCGAUAAUCCUUGACAAAGAGUUCACCAAGUUGUACAUGACUCGAUCUUCGACUCAGCCGCGUCAUCUUAUCUCAGUACACCGUGGCGGCAGCAACAUGCAGAUGCAGGGCUUUCACUCCUUGUCUCAAGACCAUGCGUCGUUUUCGAACCAUGACAAGGUUAGCUAUAAACUAGAUCCGUAUCUACCGUAUGAAUUUACUCCACCUGUUCGCGGCUUGAUCUGCGGUCGGAAGGGUACCAAGAUGAUUGUCGGAAACCCUAGCACGGGUCAGUUCGUAUCGUUACCUAAAGUCAAAACAAGGAGGCAAGAAAUAUUAUCUGUUUUUGGAUAUGAUCCAGUUAAUGAUGUGUACAAAGUGUUGUGCAUGACGGUGGUAACUAAACGUAGUAACAUGUCUCGUGGUGGUGGUGAUGUUGUGCCAUGGGAGGAUAUUAUGUCGGAGGAGCAUCAGGUGAUCACUGUAGGAGCUAAACAAAAAUGGAGAAUGGUCGAGUGUAAGCAUCCACAUCGUCAUUAUUCUGGACAUCAAGGGAUAUGCAGGGAUGGGGUUAUGUAUUAUUUAGCGUCUUACAAACAAAAACGAUCUCUAAUGAGCUUUGAUCUGAGUUCUGAAGACUUUAAUGUUACUAAGCUACCUGAGGAUCAGAUGCUUCAACAGUAUGGUUCUCUGACGAAUCACACUGGAAAGAUAACCAUAUCAAGUCAUGCAUAUAACAGCAACCUUGACCUAUGGGUUCUGGAAGAUGCCAACAAAGAAGUAUGGACAAAAGUUGCUGCUGUGAUUCCUCCUGUCUCAGAUUUACUUGGAUGGUUGCAUACGAUCCUGUUCAGGUUCUGGGGUAUACUUCGUACUGGGGAGAUGAUAUUCGCACCGCUUUUAUCCCGUAACCCUUUCUUUUUUAUUUGUUACGAUCCCAAGGACAAAAAGGUCAGAGAAAUUGCGAUUAAUGGAAUUGGAGAUGACUCUGAUACUAUCCAAGUAUUUUUCGAUCAUGUAGAGAGUUGUAUGAUUCUGUGAAAGGUAUGUUAAUCAUUAUUACUGUAAUUGUGAUAAAACAAUGUAUUCAGUCUUUUCGUCAAUUACUUUGGAUAUGCUUGUGGAUUAUAUAUGUAAUUGUAUGAGUUACUUAAGUUUUUGUUUUGUGUGGAGCUAACAAACUUCGGUUUGGCUUUUUUUUUAGUUAUUGUGUGUGAUAAAGAGUUUUGUAUUGGCUUCUUUAUCAUUUUGGUUGCCUUUUGAGUUUUGUUACUUGAUGAAGAAGCAAAACACAUUGAUGUAGGUAAGCUUUGCAAAGCUGAUUACAGUAUCAGUUUCCAUUGGAGAGAUCAUUAAGUUUUAUCUAAGUUCCAUAUAGUAGUUCGUAUAUAGUUUAAAACUUUUCCUUAUUAUUGGAAUUGAGAUAUCUUAUUCAAACCAUUUGAUCAUGUCGAGAGUCAUGUUUCUGUGAAAGGGAGUUAUUGCUAGUUCUUUUGGUGUUGCCUUCUUAACUUUCUCUCUUUUCCAAGUUUCAUUUUAGUUCCGUCGGAUAGUAUCAUUGGAACUGAUUUAACAAAUUUAUUUACGUCUUUAAUUUUCAUCAAUGGCUAUGCUUAUGGAAUAUUCAAAUGCAAGUAUGACUUGAUUAGAAUAAGCUUUGAUUUUUGUAACAAGCUUCGGUUGUGGUUCCUCCUGUGACAGAUAUACUUGGUACUGGGGAGAUGAUAUUCACACCGAUCGCACCCCAUAACCGUUCUUUGUUAUUUGUUACGAUCCCAAGGAUAACAAAGUCAGAGACAUUGUGAUUAAUGGAAUUGGAGAUGACUCUGAUACUAUCCAAGUCUUUUUCGAUCAUGUAAAGAGUUGUAUGGUUCUGUGAAAGGUAUGUGAAUGAUCCUUAUUAUUACUGUAAUUGUGACAUCUGAUAAAACAAUGUAUUCAGUCUUUUCGUCAAUUACUUUGUAUAUGCUUGUGGAUUUUAUAUAUAUAUAUAUAUAUAUACACACGCAAGUAUGAAAGUUUUGGUUUUGUGUGGAGCUAACAAGCUUCGGUUUUCUUUUUUAAUUUAUAUUUUGACAGAUCUUCAUAUCAUCAUCAGUUGUUGUAAUGAAAACUUACUCUAGCUUACAAGAUCGUUUUUGAUUAAAGUGAAUUCAGUUUCCACUUGAGACUCACCUUCUUCAGGCCAGUUUAGCAUCCAACUUUAUUGUUAGCCGAGAAGAUUUUAAUUCCACACAGAAGCGACUUUUCUGUUAAUUUGUUUUUUCUAAGAAGUUUACCUAGCAAAUUCCCAAAUAUUAAACACCAUAUUGCAAAGAAAUACUUGAAUCAAUACUAUUAAAACAGAAGACCCUUUUUUGAGGUGCCUUCCUGUUUUGAAAAUAAUUACAAUAUACUGCCACUCACUUUAUCUAAACAUAUGCUUUUAAUUAAAUUUAGUAUUUUCCUAAUUCUUUUUAUUUAUACCAAUAUUAAUAAAGGAACACGUUAAUUUGGCAUAACUAAAAGCUAUCCAUGAGUUUAGCAAUCUGUUACAAGAGAUCACGGCAGAUUUAGAUUUCAAUUUUCAAGGAUGAUUUCUAAUAUACUAUAAAGGUGAUGAGGCAUAUUUUUUUUUGACCGAGUAUUUCUGAGUGUUUAACGAAGAUGAAGAUGACGUUUUGCUUGAGGUCGUGUUCUGGUAAAUCAAAGGAGGUUUCAAGAAGGUUCGCAUAGUUCCGCGAUAAACUUCCUCCUCCAUUACUCAAAGGUACUUUUACGGAGUUUUGCUUGAGGUUUCUAUUCACAGGGUUCGAGAUACUUUGAUAAUCAGUUCUUUGGUUUAACUGUGGGGGCUGAUGGUGAUUUUCGACAUUCAAUAUUCAACAACUUGAUCCAAUCAUAGAAUAUACGAAUAAUUUAGUAGACAUAAAUUGAAAACUAACGUUCAUGAACUAAAAAUUAUUUCUUCCCAUAAGAUGUUCUGGAUCGAACAAAUAUGUACUUUUACCAUUAUCUACCAAGCACGGGAAAGCAUAAUGAGACACUAAACCCAGAAAAAUAUUCCGAUCAUUUACCAUAUAUUUUACUAAAUAGUUAUCUUACAUCGUAUUGUUAUUUUUACAUUAUGAAAGGAUAUUGCAAAACUUUAUUCCUUUUUAUAGACAUAAUAAAAUAUCAAUAAAUAAUUUGAACAAUAUAUGGAUCUUUUUUUUUUGUAAUCAAAACAAAAUAUGAAUCUAUAACUACCCAGUCCCUACUUAGACUCCAAAUAUAAACCAUGUUAACAAAUAUUACAAAAUAACUUAUCUAUAAAAUUAUUCCACGAUUUGGUUUUAUUUAUUAAAUAUAAUAAUUAAUUUAAACAACAUAUCGAUCUAUAAUAAAAAGAUAGCUACCCAAUCCCUUUUUAGACUAAAAAAA